UUCAGUAACGUAAUGUAGUGUGGUGGAACCCACCCAGGAGAUAUGCCCCGGGAGAACUUCAAAACGAUUCUCUCGCUUCUCGACUGAACAGACACCUCUUGUCUGUGAUGAGCGACUUACCGAUUUCAUUAUCGAAUUUGCGAGAAACUUGCAAUUGCGUUGUUGUCCAAUUGUUCGAUUCAGCAGCGGCUUGUUGGAGUGUUGGGUGGUUUGUGGGAGCUUCGACAUGGCGGAUCGGUGUAAGAGAGGCGGGAAUUCUGAGGGGUAUUCUGUUGUCUUGAGGUUCAUUUUGGUCUUGGUUCUAGCGGUUCUUGUGAGAGGUGCGCGAGUGACCUCGAGAAUCCGUGAACGCGUGUCUGCCCCAGUCCUUCGUUUCGGCAAAGAUGGAACAUUCAAAAUUGUUCAGGUUGCUGAUAUGCAUUACGCUGAUGGCGCCACCACGAGUUGCCAGGACGUAUUGCCGGAGCAGUACGCCACAUGCUCGGACCUCAACACGACUAUCUUCCUCAAUCGUGUCAUUGCAGAAGAGAAACCCGAUUUACUCCUGUUUUCAGGGGAUAACAUAAUGCAGGAGGAUUGCAAAGACCCAAUUGCAUCCAUGAACAUGGCCUUCGGUCCGGCGAUCGAGGCUGGAAUACCCUGGGCUGCAGUGCUCGGCAACCAUGACCAAGAAGGGAAUAUGUCUCGAGAAAGGGUUAUGUCCUACAUUGCGAGCAUGGACUACAGUGUGUCUACAGUAAAUCCCAGUGGUGACACUUGCUCUGGGAUCGACGGAUUCGGAAACUUCGUCCUUGAGGUCUUUGGAGCUGCAGGAUCACCGCAGGCACACAAAAGUGUGAUGAAUCUGUAUCUGGUGGACAGCGGCGACUACUCUACCCUGUCCCCAAAAAUCAGAGGCUACGGUUGGAUACACGAGACGCAGUCUACAUGGAUCAAAAAAAUGUCCAAGAAAUUACAGCUGGCGUACCUGAAUGAUGCUCCGGCACAACCCCAGCCCGCGCCAUCUCUGGCAUACUUCCACAUUCCGUUGCCAGAGUAUAGCAAUUUGGCUCCAGGUCAAUUUAAAGGCGUGAAGCAAGAAGGAAUCUCUUCUGCCCAAAUCAAUUCGGGAUUUCUCACCACAUUGCUCGAGGGUGGAGACGUUAAAGCGAUCUUCGUUGGUCACGAUCAUGUCAAUGAUUUCUGUGGCGAUGUUCAUGGGCUGAAACUAUGCUACGCAGGAGGAUUCGGCUAUCAUGCAUAUGGGAAGGCUGGAUGGGACAGAAGAACAAGGGUUGUUAGUGCUGCACUUAGUAAAGAUGAACAUAGUGAGUGGCAGGGUGUCCGAUCAAUCGUCACCUGGAAACGUCUCGAUAAUGCCAAGUUUGAUAUGAUUGACGCCGAGUCUGUUUGGGGCCAAGACAGCAACUCUGUACAAUAGGAAAGAGAUAGAUAGAAUUUUAGUUUACUUUAACUCUAUCAAAAUAUAGCGGCGUGUUACGUAAUCACUUCAGUGACAUUGUUUUUCUUUUCAAGUUUAUGUUGGUAAGUUGUAAAAAGUACAGAUCAGACCAUACUGUAAAUUUUCGUAGAUCUUUAUUAAACUUAUAAUUGCAAGUGCACUUUACAUUGUAUUGGA